CUGCUGAAGGAACAGCAAAUAUCAUGGACUUUUUUAAGCCAACCAAAUAUUCCUGGGUUCAACUCUAUUUAAGACAUUUAUUAUUAGGUAAAAAAAUGAUGGAUGCAAGUAAUAUAGUUGCAGAAUUAUAUGGAAAAGGGGAAUAUUGUGCUAGAUGUAUUCGUAGAUGGGCUAAAAUAUGUUUAGAAGGAAAACACAUUUCACCUUCUCUUAGUGGUAAAUUUUCUUCCAACAGUUUCCUACAUGAUGAAUUGGUUUCUUUACAGGUAUCUUCUUACCUUUGUUCCAAAAAAUUUAAAGUUAGUCCAAUGCUAGUCAAAAAAUAUUUUGAAGAACAUAUUCUUCCUGUUUUACACAUUGAAGUUCCAUUCACAAUUUCUGUCAGAACUGCUGCUUGUUGGAUGAAUAAAUUGGGAUUCUAUUAUAAGCGAUACAAAAAAGGAAUUUAUUUUGAUGGACAUAAUUGUGAAGAUGUGGUAAUGUAUAGAGCUAAAUUUCUUAAACAGGUUCAAGAAUUUGAUCAUUUAUUGUCACAUUGGAAUGAUAAAGAGUGUAAGAUAAGAACUCUUCCAACAUUGGAAUUAGGAAGAGCAACCAUCGAGAAAAAAAGGUUUGGGCCAAGGAAUUCAUGUUUCAGAGAAACUAUAGGACCAUUGAAAGAUGAUACUGGUGAAGCAAGAGUUACUAUGGUUUUGGGUGCAAAUCAGGAUGGUUACUGGAAUGGUGAAAAGUUAUUAAUACAGCUUUGUCAAGCAAUAGAUAUUUUUGAAAGGACACAUCCUGGAUUUAUUGGAAUUUGGGCAUUUGAUAAUGCUACAUCACAUACAGCCUAUGCAUCAAAUGCACUAGUAGCAA